AUGCCCAAGUUCUACUGUGUUGCGGAAGGAUGUACGUCAGAUACGAGAAAGAAGGGAAGAUACGGAUUCAUGGCUGAUGUGAAAUUCUUUCCAUUUCCUACAUCUAAACAGCCCAAACUCCGCAGAAAAUGGCUUGAACUGUUAAGGCGCCGUGAUUUCAACCCCUCACGUCACGACAGAUUAUGCUCCAGACAUUUUGUAGAUGGUGAACCAACAACACAUCAUCCUUACCCCGAGCUUUUUCGAUAUAACAACUACAAAUGUUUGCAGGGAACCCGAGGAACGUCUUCUAUCGAGAAAAGAUUAGUUAAUCAGCGGAACCAAAGAACAGAUACUGAUGUCAUCAAUAUUGGCGACGAUACGUCCAAUACAACGUCUCUUUUACAGACAGACUUAACACUGCAAGACUUUGAGGAUUCUGAGACUGAGCUCAAGCACUUGCGAGAGACCUUUAAGGACAAAGAGGACUUGAGGCGGUACCUAUCUGUUGAGAAGAUGACAGAAAGUGAUAGCUCUGUGAAGAGUUACUUUGGGCUUCCAUCUGUACUGACCCUUUUUGGAAUCUUUGCUAUACUUGACAAAACAACACCUACAUUGAUGUAUUGGAAGGGUGGUUCUGGAACAAAGAAUGCUAGAGCAAAGAAUCCUUACAAGAAGUCUGGACCAAAUAGGAAGCUGACUCGUUUUCAUGAGUUUCUUGUCGCACUUUUACGACUACGCCUGGCUUUACCUACAUUUGUUGUUGCUGAUAGCUUUGAGUCAGCAAAACAACCUUGGGAUAUUCCACUGAUAUCAGAAACAGAAAUACAAGAAAACCACAAUCUAGCACUUGCUUGUUUUGCGGAUGUGGGUAAACCACCAGGAUUUGUAAAAUGGUGGAGAUUUCGUGCCAAUAACAGCAUUGCCAGCGUCGGACAAUCUCAAGCAAUAUCCGAUGAAUCUGGAACCUGUGAGUUUGUGGCCGGUCUGAAUGUAACCUACACAGUUACAAAGGGGGACAAUGGCGCCUUCUUCCGAUGUUCCUCGCAAGACGACACAAGCAGUGACCAGGAUCCUGAAAAUAGUUUACAGUACAGAGACACGAUGAAAGUAAAUGUUCUGUAUAAAGCGAGUGUUCUCCAAAUUAUUCGAGAUCCUGAAUCGAACGUUUACCCAAUAUCUACUCCAAGACUACAGAUGACUUGUGUAGCUGAUGGCAAUCCAUUACCAACUGAUGAUGAGUAUGAAUGGACAUUUGAAGCUGUCGAUUCCAACGCUACUGAAGAAAAACUCUCAAAUGGAAAGUUUCUAAUUCUGCAAAAUCUCCAAGAGGAAAAAUCUGGUACAUACACCUGUACCGUCACAAAUUCUUUGAAUUCCACGCAUUCUCAAAAUGUUACACUCAUUGUGAAUGGUACGAUUCCUGAGCCACAGCAUGUGUUGCACUGUCUUUCAAACCCUUGUGGAUCUCUUAAGAAAUGUGUUGAUCUCGGACAAAGUUACACAUGUGAAACAAACACUUUGGGUGUUGUUGGGGUUGUUUUUAUCGUAAUUGCAGCUGCAUCCGUUGCUAUGUCAGUUGGACUGGCAUUUCACCUGAAAAAACUUCGUAAGCUGGCAAAGAUUGAUGUGCAGACAGGAAAUGAAUGCAAUGGCAAUGUUCCUGCAAAGCAGCUGACAGACACAGAAAGCACCAAGAUUUCAUGUGCUGUAGAUGCUCCUCCAAACGGAACAAAUGCAGUUAUUUACGCUCAAAUCCAGAGAGUGUAGGACAUGCAUACAUGCACGUCAAAAUUGAAUCCAGUGCUUAUCUAUGAUUCAUGUAACAUAAAAGAUGCAUAUUGCAAUUGAAAUUUACCCAAACCACUAAAGUGUCCAUCUUGUUGAUUCAAAUUUUGAAAGGCCAUAUUAUGGUCAUUUAUAUUUACAAUAUCUGCUAAAAUUUAAACCUGUGUAUGAUAGAGCUGAAGUCUUGCUCUUGUUUCAAUUUCAAAUUUGUUGUAUUGAGGAAUAUCUAUGUAAGUAAGUUUUUAAUUUGAUAAGAAUAACCUAGUUCUGAGUUAUGACAUCAUAUAAAUGAUGGCUUCUCCCCAUUUUCGAUACUUUGAUUUCCAAGUAUUUAUUGUCCUGACAUUUUCAUAAGAAAGCAUGUGCUUGGAUAAAUCCCGUAUCAACUUCAACUAUGUAAAGCCUAAAGUAUUUUCGAUAGCAUUUAAUUUUCUUAUAAUAUUACUAGUUUAACUGUUCUGCAUGUGAAUAUCACGAUGACACUUAGUAAUUUAAAUUAAACUCUCUUC